UGGUUUGAGAGCUUUCGUUGCAGUACCGGAUUAGCUACGAAAUCGGUUGAUGAUCAAUGGCUUUGUCGAGACUACACACAAACGUGGUAGGACUCGGACAUCUCCAGCCAACUUGCGCCGGCUACCCCGGACCAGACGACGCGGCGCCAUCACCGGCAAGGCACCAACUUAAGUUGCAGUUGCCACCGCCAAGGAGACCAUCUACUCCACAACGACUGCAUCUUCAGCAGCAGCAGCAGAAACCCAUUGUUCCUUGCACGCCGACGAAGCCAAUCAAAGGCAACGAUAACAGCGAGGAAGGAGACGCAGACGUUCGGUCCUUCGUUUCUUCUCCCCGGAAAAACAAGGCCGGCUGCGCCGCCGACGUUCUGCGUCUGUUUGACACCCUAUGCCUCCCUGUUGCACCCGACCUCUGCGUUUCCCUCAUCAAAGAGUGCACGAACCAACGAGAUAAGGCCUCCGCUCUCCAACUCCAUGCCCGCACCAGUUCAAAUGGGCUCCUCAACGAGCAGGAGGUAGCCUUUCUGAACCGGCUGCUCCUCAUGCACGUUUCCUGUGGUCAUUUUGAUUUAGCCCGCCAGCUGUUCGAUCAAAUGCCUGGUAAGAGAGAUGCGAUCUCUUGGGCAAUCAUCAUUACCGGUUACUCCCACGAUGCUCAACACGAAGAAUCUAUCGGCUUCUUCAUCCAGAUGCUAAGUCAUGACUAUUCCUUACUGCAUUUUCCACAGAUUGCAAUGGCUUCCGUUCUCAAGGCAUGUGUGUAUACUGAAAACCAAGGUUUAGGGAAGCAACUUCAUGGGCUGUUGUUUAAGUGUGGAUCUACUUGUGCUGAUGGUUCGUGUCUGGAUGUCUCUUUAAAUGAACUCCACGGAAAUUUGGGGCCUGUGAAGAGUGUGAACCAUGUGUUUGAUAAGUUCCCUCAGUGUAAUAGCCUACCCAUCUGGAGUACUAAGCUAGCAAAUAGCUACAGAGAAGGGCGUUUCAGUCAAGUCGUGCACGAUUCCAACCGGAUGGGGAGGGACGGGAUAUGCAGAAUUAGCGUUUUAACCGCUGUACUGAGGGCUUGUGCUAAGAUGGACGAUGGUGGGAUGUCUGGUCGACAAGUCCAUGCGAUUGCCAUCAAGCAGGGCUUGGAAGGGAAGGUUGUUAUCCAGUGUGGACUGAUUAAAAUGUAUGGUAGUUGUGGGAUGGUCGAAGAGUCCAAACAGGUUUUCAAGCUGAUCACUGACGAUAGAGAUGAUGCGCAUUGGAAUGCUAUGCUAACGUGCUAUCUCCAUAAUGGGUUUUAUGUUGAGGCCUUGAAGCUUCUUUACCAGAUGAAGGCGGCUGCUAUCGAGGUGACUGAAUCUUUGCUGAACAGAGUCAGGCUUGCAUGUGGCACUGGUACUCUAGAGAACACUGUUCGUGGAACUCUGGUGUAGAUUGUGAUCUUCAGUGGCUAGUGCAUUGCAGGUUUGUACAUAGUGGCUUUAUCACUAAACGUGUCAGGUGGGGUAUCAUUGGGGCUUGUACAUACAAACUAAAGCAGAUGAAAGGAGGUUUGUGAAUAUUGUUGAAAGGAAAAGUUGAGUUUUUUUAGUACCUUGCAGCAGAAACAGCAGCAUGAUCAGAUGAUCUGUGGUGACAAAGUAGGUUGGGUUCAUCUACUUAUCAUUCUGUAGCACUGAGAAAGUACUUCAAGUAAGCACCCGCACAACUGAAUUAAAAUUCCAUGUUGUAGCUUGUUUUGCAGUUCUGUCUUUCCAAGUGAUGGUUUGAUUCUUUUCAUCUGAUCUCUACUAUUUUUGUCGGGGGUACUGUUCACUUUCCGCCACCACCCUCUGGUCUGGUCAUUUCCUUAUUAUUCAGUUAGAAUCUAAGCCUUGUUUCUGCUUGUACUGCUCAUCUCUGACAAACUGUUGGAAAAGCUCCCAAACUGGCUAGACAUACUUGAUCAUUGUUUCUGUGAAGUUCAAAGUGGUAACAUAAAUAAUAAGGCUGUUGAGAUCCAUGCACGCUUAUGAAUAUCAGUUGUCUUAGACAUAUUGGUUUACCACACUGUUUUAACUGACUUCUGUGAUCUUGUGCUGUGCUUCAGUUUCUUAAUAAACCUAGAUUUAUGUUGUACUACAGGGGGUAAUUGAAUUUGUUCCACCAUUUCUUACAUUGCUUGCAGUUACAAUGUCGGGCAGCUUUACUAAUACACAGUAAUUGGUACUACAAAGAUAAUUCUUGCCUAUAAUUACUUGAAUGAAGAAUUUGAGUGAGUAAAUGAUAUCUGUAGAAUGAGUUAACAACAUCUGCUGUGCUCACUGGCAAUUUCAAGAUAUUGAAACUGAGAUAAAGCUUGGCUUGUAGCUUGUUUGAUGUCGGUACUAUGGAUAACAGAUUUUCAUUGUUCAGAUACUCCGUCCACUCGUAUGUAUGGACCGCUCAAUACCAAGAGUUAUUCUGGUUCAGAUUGAUAAUUGGCACAGAUUCUUGCUUCUCUCUGGACAAGGAUGAGUCAUUGUGAUUCCAAGGAAAUUACAAGUCAAAUCCUGGUCCCAUGUGGUAUUUCAUAUUUGGAUGCCAAGGUACUGUGAGUCUCUGUUCAUUUCAUUCUUUAUCCAUCAUGUUUUUCAAACAACUCUAAUUAGAAAUGGAUUUAUCAUAUAUGGGUGAACAUUAGGUAUAUGAUUAAAAUGUAAGGGGGCCAGAUUCCCUUAUCUUUUGCUAGCGGGGUGCAUUCCAUGAGAAAGCGUCAAUGGUUUGAUAAUAACUCUGCAUAACUGACACUGACUGAUGGGAUUGUUCAUUGGUUAGAAAUAGGAAGAAAAUCUGAUCCACACAUUACAGAUACUUGCAACAGUGAUGAUCUUCUUACCACUAGAUGAAUCCUGUGGGUUAGAACGAAUUAUAGAUAGAGUUGAGUGCCAUGCAUUAUUGGUACAACGACGCAGUGAAAGAACUAGGCCUAAUUGGCUGUCCUGUUUCUGCAGAGUGAUAUGCACAGAACAUUUACCGGCCUCGUUGAUCUAGUGCACUAAUUGGCUGGUGAGGAUCCGCUGAUGAAAAUGGUGGUUCUCAGGUCAGAUCACAAUUGGGAUACAGUUUCACCUCCUUCAUCCAUGGCGCUUCUGGGUGAGACGAUCAAACUUUUGAGCUGUUGAUUCAUUUUGGGUCAGUUUUACAGGAUGAUAAAGUUGUUAUCAGGUUGCUAGCAGGGAUGAACUUAUAGUAAAGUUUGCGUCUUUUAUCCCUCAUCUCUAUUCUAUCCUGUUCCUGUCUCACUCACUCAUUAACCUUUACCGACGGGCCACCUCCAUCACUGUUGGGUUGAUGGAGGCAGUUGAAAUUGGUGGGGGGAAAUAGGUGGGUUUGAGCCUUUUAGUCACAGGAUUUCCAAUUUUAAUUACCUAAACUUGGGCAUCGAUCGAUCGUUGCAAGGUUGAUGGCUGCUUCUGCUGAUAUUUUCCUUCCCGAAGUUUGUAAAUGGAGGGGGCAGAGUGCUUUGGACCAUACAAUUACAAGUACAGUGUUCAGAUAUGUCCUUGUGGACGGGUGAAUUAAUUUUGAUUGUGAAGGUGAUAUGUGUGUUCAUGGUUGGUCCCAGCGGUGGUGGUACAUUUAUGAUGAUGAUGCCAUGGCAAAUUGGCAAAACCCAAAUAUCUUCUCCCAUCUUUUUCUGCCAGCCACAAUUCUUCUGGUUGAAGGGAUCAUGGGCUUAGAGUGGGCCUUUAUUUGGGAGAUGAAUUUUUUGAGUGAGGUGGGAUUCAAUCCAAUUUGUCACCUCACGAAAAAUCACCCUUCAUCACAAUUUGAUUUGAUCUGAUUCACGUUGGCACAUGCUCAUUAUGGUACAAUUCAUAUUUGUGUGUAUCAAAUCACCCCUGUCAUCAAUCGUGGUGGUCAGGGUUUUUUUUUUACUUUAGAUUCAAUGAACGUCUACUCAUUGUUAAAGAAUGAUUAGUAACUGUCAUUUAGACAAUGAUUAGCAACUGUCACGUGCAGUUCGAUUUUUCGUACCAGAAAAAACAACUCAUUUCGCAUUCAGCUCGUUUGUUAAUGAGUCGAGUUUGAAUUCAGUAUUAGUUUAACUUGCAAGAUUUGCGAGCCAGUUCGGCUCGAUGGGUUGCUGAGGUAAACUCGUGGGCUACGUCGUGUUCGGUUCGUGAGUUGGGUCGAUAGAGUGGCCACCGACCUAGCUCGACCAAUGAUUUAUGAGCGAUUCGAACUAUAGCUUAUGAGUUGAGCAAAUAUGAUACUAAUAGAGUAUAUAAACAUGAGAUGAAUUG